AUGCUGGAUCGAUUCAGUCUCAUUUCGCCUAUGUUACUGGACCAUGAUCCUAAGAAGGAGCUAGACACCGAGCACCCUUUCUGUUGUGAUGGACUGCUGCGUCGAUGCUAUGAGCAGGCCUGCGACUUUGCUGUCCAGAUGUGGGUCAGCGAUGGAUCGGUAAUCCGUUUCGACGAGAAAAUCAAUAAGAUAGGUCCAUACACACUACCGGAAUACCCUAACAGGGCGGGUAUACGUGACACAAAAAGGUGGUGGUUCGGCGGGCAUGAUGGCCAUAAUACUCCGUUUGAUGAUUCAACCGUCGAAUUACAUAAGGGACAAGAAACUACGAUGAUUUUGUGGCCUGUGAUCUGGUCUGUCCGCUGCAGGUACAUGACUGUGCCUCCUCGGAGUCUUGACUUAUUUUUUUCUGGGUAUGGAGGAAGGAGUAAUCUUGAGAGGGGCAAAGAAUAUGAAUAUGUGGACGAGAGGGACUGGGUCUACACUAUUCUUGCCUGUGGGCGUGUUUAUCUUGCGGGCAAAGGGUUCGUAAAGCCGGAAGAUGCCCCUCGCAAGUGA